AUGCAGCAGUGCGUAAAACUGCAGCAGCAGCUGCAGGUUGGUUCCUCCAUGGAGGAUACGCAAACUCCAAUAUCCAGCAUCUGCAAUGGAAACAGCAGCAGCAGCAGCAACUGCAACGGAAGCAGCAGCGGCGAUAGCAGCAUCGGCGGCAACGGCAGCAGCAGCACCAGCAGCAGCAAGGGUGCAGGGACCCCACGCACUUUGCGCUGUGCAGAUGCUGCUGCUGCUAUGGGCCUGCUGCCGAAGGGCCUAAACCAGCAGCAGCAGCAGCAGCAGCUAAACGGUUUCUCUCCAAGUGCCAGCACGGGCUCCCAUAUGGCGCCUUCGCCUUUUAUGCAGCGGCCCUCCGAGCAGAAGCCUCAACUGCAGCAGCAGCAGCAGCAGAAGCAGGCUUACGGUAUAUCUUGCGUCUCAGGUUCAAGCGUCUCUGGGGAAAAUGCAGCGCCGGCAAUGCGGCAGCAGCAGCAGCUGCCACAGCAGCAGCAGCAGCAGUGGCCGCUGCAACAACAGCAGCAGGCGCAGCAGCACGGCCAUUCAAGCAGUGCCCUGGAAGCAUCUCGGUAUUUCCAGCAGCAGUCUCUCCAGCAGCAGCCACCUCAGCAGCAGCAGCAGCAACAGCAGCAGCAGCAGCAAACAGCAGUCCAAUCGAGAAACCCUCCUCUUGCACUGCUGGACGCUGUCGCCCGCCACCACCACCAACACAACAACAGCAGCAGCAGCAACAACAACAGGAACUUUUGGGGGGCUGGACUUUGCAGCAGCAGUGACAGCAGCGUCUUGCGGGGCCUUAACUCGGAAGCGCAGCAGCAGCAGCGGCAAGGCAGUCCGCUGCGUGAGAAUGUGUUCCCCCAGCAGCAGAAGCAGCAGUGGCCAUUCGCACACCAGAAACAGGUGGAGCAGCCGCUGCAGCAGCCGCAGCAGCUGCAGCACGGGCUGCAGCAACAGCGUCUGCAGCAGCAGCAACCGCGCGUGUGGCAGCAAACAUUAACGGCUGCGCAAGCUCAGUGGGCGAAGCCUCGGAGGGUGUGGAGCACCUACAGCAUGCAGCUUAACACCAACAGCUGCAGCAACAGCAGCAGCAGCAACAGCAGCAGCAGCAGCAGCAGCAGCGCCAGCAGUGGCAGCUUCACAGGACCUGCGCUGCGCUGCGCGGACCCGUCGACACCCCCUGUUCCCCACCGGCGGCAGCAGCAGCAGCAGCAGCAGCGGUACUGGCAGCAGCAGCAGUGCCACCGGCAACAGCAAUAUUCAGGCUGGCAGCAGCAGCAGCAGCAACAGCGGCUGCAGCAGCAGCAGCGGCUUCCACGGGCAGCGGCGACACCGCAGAGGCUCUCAGCAGACCCUGCAACAUCUACUGUGCAGCAGCAGCAGCAGGGCUUAGGAGAGCUGCAACAGCAACGUCUGCAGCAGCAGCAACACAGCCACCAAGCAGAGCAACUCAAUCCCCUGCAGCAAUGCGGACAGAGGCAGCAGCCACAGCAGCAGCAGCAACCGCCGCCGCAGCAGCCAGAGCAGCAGCAGCAGGACUACUCGUGGCUUCGCGUGGAGUGGGGAGAAGACAUACUCGACUUGCUUGAUGCAGCAAACGCAGAGGACUUUGCGAGCAACAGCAGUGGGGAGCCGGCUGCAGCAGCAGCUGCUGCUGCCCCGAGUGCUGCAGCAUCUGCAGCGCCAGCUGCUGGAAAUGCGGCUGCAAACUCAGCAGGCACUUCCGCGGGAGGUGCUACUGCUGCCCGUAGGCUUAGCGGCAACAGCAGCAGCAGCAGGAAAGUAGCAGGCUGGGGCUCUGCUGCUGCUGCUGUGCUGCGGGUAGACCUACGCGACGAGCUGUGCGUCAUCUGCUCAGAGCUGCUGCUGCAGCAGCAGGAGAUCGCCUCACUUCCCACCUGCUGCCACCUUUUUUGCUUCGCGUGCUUAUACAAAUGGGCGUCAAUCAGCAGCAGGUGCCCGCUGUGCUCUACAGCAUUCACUACCAUUGUUCGCCGGCGGGUCAGUGCAGCAGCAGCAGCAGCUGCUGCUGCUGCAGCUGCUGCCAGCAGCGGCGGCAGCGGCAAAGCUACCAAACAAGAACCCUUUGGGACUGCUGUAAAGAUGGACCCCAGCAAUGCUGCAGUCAAAAGUGAGCAGCAGCAGCCGCAGCAGCAGCAACAGCAGCAGCAGCAGCAGCAGCAGCCGGGCGGCGCCUCGCUGCGUAUUGUCGCCGCUUGCCAGCCCAAGCCGGGAGGCAGCAGCGCCGAAGGCGCAGCUCCAGCAGAAGCAGCAGCAACAGGAGCUGAUCCUGCAGCAGCAGCAGAUGCUGCAGCAGGGGAUGGCUGCUUAAUAGGCCUGCAGCUGGUGGAAGAGGUGCCCCUGCCGCCCCCACAGCCGCGGCGUCGGGGAUCGGGAUCGGGAUCGGGGUCGUUGGGAUCGGUUGGCGGGUGCGAAGUUUGCGGCCGCGACGACGACUGGAGCUGUUUGCUGCUCUGCGAUGAGUGCGACGGCGCCUUUCACAUUUACUGCCUUUCCCCGCCGCUUGCUGCAGUGCCUGAGGGGGACUGGUGCUGCAGCAGGUGCCAGCAGCAAAGAGACGCGCGCCAGCAGCAGCGCCAGCAGCAGCAGCAGCAGCGCAGGCAGCAGCGCAGGCUCAGGCGGCAGCAGCAGACAAACACGAGGCAACGAAGCGCCAGGAGGCCGCGCAGCAGCAGCAGCAGCAGCAGCAGCAGCAGCGCAGCGCAGGCGGGCCCCGCGCCUGGAGCAAGACCCAAGAAAAAGCUCAAAAAGGCUGCAGGUGAACGGGUUGCUGCUGCGGCUACUGGUACCAGCAGCAGCAGCAGCAGCAGCAUUGCACACGUGGAUUUCGAGGUGUUUGCGCACAACAGCAACUCCAGGCCCAGCGCUGCUGCGCGGGGGAGGAGGGUUGCUCGCAGCAGCAGCAACAGCAGCAGCAGCAGCAACAGCAGCAGCAGCAGCAACAGCAGCAGCAGCAACUGCCGCAGAACCCCCGUGCGCGCUGCACGUCGCUUGCGAGUCGUGAGAAGACAACGGAGGCCUUCGGUUAGCGCUACAGAGAGCUGCAGCGACGACUCCUCUGACUUGCGCGACUUCAUUGUGCCCAGUAGCAGCAGCAGCAGCAGCAGCAGCGGCAGUAACACUGGCAGCAGCAGCAGCAGCAGCAGCAGUAGUGACAGCGAUGGCAGCGACAGCAGCGAUGUGACUUCUCCCAGCCGGAGUCUCGCGGCAAGCCGCAGCAGCGGAAGGAGCAGCAAGAGCACUAGCCGCAACAGUCGCAGGAACAGCGGCAGCAGCAGCAGCAGCAACAACAACAACCGGAACAGCAGUACUGAAGCUGGCCUUAGAAUUUUGGGGACGCCCGUAGAGAGAAGACACCAACAGCAGCAGCAGCAGCAGGAACAGGAACGAAAACAAUCUGAGCGAGUCUCACCCGUGCUGGGACCCUCAAGAGGCGCUGCAGCGCCAGCAUCGAAUGUCCAUGUCGCCCAAAGUCCGCUGCAGCAGCAGCAGCAGCAGCAGCGCCAGCUGAGACAGCCCAGCAGCCCGAAACGGGGCAGCCAGAGGCAGCAGCAGCGGCAGCAGCAGCAGCAGCAGCAUCAUCAGCAGCAGCAGCAGCAACAGCAGCAGCGGCAGCAGCAGUAG